GAUAUGCGAAGAGAGAAAGAGGAAAUAGAGUUGAAGCAUGUUUUGUUUGUUAAGAGUGUACACAGUGCUUCGCUGUCUAGCAUGUGAAAGAGGUGUGGCUCACCCAACUGGCACUUACUCAUUCGCAUACCAAGCGCAAUGAGAAGAGAAUGAGGACAAAACUGCUCUACCAUUUAUUUCACUCUCAUUCUCUAUACUCUUUUCAACCUCACAUUCGCUCUUCUUCUGUCUCUCUCUCUCUCCACAUUGCUCCCCAAACCAAAACCAAAACCACAUUGCCAUUCCCUUAAUAGCCUCUGCAACACUUUCAUAAUUUCUUUCAUUCUUUUCUUCCUUUUACCACUGCAAAAACUCACUCUUUCAUCACUCCUCUAUUUUCCUAUAUACUAGGAAAAACAAAAAGUAAACACACCAAGAUGAACACACUUGGUUCAGAACUACGCACCAGUGGGUGUGAGUCUGGUUGGACUCUAUACCUGGAACACUCUUUCCUUAACCAGAAUGCUUCUUCACAUCGGGGUGGAACUGAGGGGUUCUGUGAAGAGGAACAAGAACACAAGGACAAAAGAUUCAAAGAUGAGGACUCUGGGGAGGAGGAUUUGUCCAUGCUUUCUGAUGCUUCUUCUGGACCUCCUCUUUUUCCACACUACGACUCUUACUUCAAAGAAGAUCUCAAUGGCUGCUUCUAUUCUGCUUCCGAGGCAGUGAAGCUGGCCAAGACUAGUAAAAAGAAGCAGAAAGUUAAGGAAAAUCAACACCUUGAGGAUCAGCAUCUCACUUUUCUUCACGACACCGCUAGCUCUCCUGUCUUUGACUUUUCCACUGACAAUGUUACAAGGGGCAACCAACAGACAUCUGUAGGGAGUGUGGUUGAUUAUUCACAAGGUUUUUCGGCAACUUAUUUUAUGGGAAGAUCGUCAUUCCAAGAAGAACACUUCGGUUUCUUACAAUCAGAAAACGAAGUCGAAGGCAACAAAUGGUAUGGAGGAAAAAGGAUGGGAAUAAGGUGAAUAUA